AGGCUCGGACGACGACGAAGAAGGCGACGAAUUUGACGACGACGACGACGACGAGUUUGACGGCCAGCCCAUCAAGCUCGGCAUGCGCGGCCGCAGCGCAGACUCGGACGACUCGGACGACGAGCAAGACGACGAGGACGAGGGUGACGACGCGGCGCCCCUCGGUGACAACGACGACGAGGAAGAUGACGGCCUGCAGACCAACAUCUCAGGUCGCGACACGUUCACGCUGCCCAGCGGUCAGGAGAUUGAGAAGGAGUCUCUGCUGCCCCCAGACCGUGUUCUCUUGCAGCAGCGCAUCAAGGACAACAUUAUGGUUUUGGCCGACUUUGCCAAGCUCCGCGAUCCCGAGCGAUCGCGAUCCGAGUACAUGGAGGUGCUCACCCGCGACCUGACGCUGUACUAUGGCUACUCUGACUAUCUGAUGGGCAAGCUGCUCGAGCUGUUCCCUCUUGGCGAGAUUGUCGAAUUCCUCGAGGCAAACGAAUCGCCACGCCCCAUCUCCAUCCGCACAAACACGCUCAAGACGCGAAGGCGCGACUUGGCUCAAGCGCUGAUCAACCGCGGCGUCAACCUCGACCCCAUCGGCAAGUGGUCCAAGGUCGGUCUGGUCAUUUUCGACUCGCCUGUUCCGAUUGGCGCCACGCCCGAGUACUUGGCGGGCCACUACAUGAUCCAGAGCGCCUCGUCCUUCCUUCCGGUCAUGGCGAUGGCUCCGCAAGAGCACGAGCGUAUCUUGACCAUGUGCGCCGCACCCGGUGGCAAGACUGCUUACUGCGCCGCCCUCAUGAAGAAUACCGGUGUCAUUUUCGCCAAUGACGCCAGCAAGGACCGGUUGCGGGCACUGGUCGCCAAUACCCAUCGCAUGGGCAUCACCAACACGAUCGUUUGCAACUACGACGGCCGCGCCUUCCCCAAGGUGAUGGGUAACUUUGACCGCGUUCUUCUGGACGCCCCGUGCUCGGGCACUGGUGUCAUUGCCAAGGAUCAGUCUGUCAAGACCAACAAGUCGGACGAUGACAUUAUGCGCUGCAGCACACUGCAAAAGGAGCUCAUUCUGGCCGCGAUCGACUCUGUCGACGCCAACAGCAAGACUGGCGGCUACAUUGUUUACUCGACAUGCUCCAUCACCGUCGAGGAGAACGAGUGGGUUAUCGACUAUGCUCUGCGCAAGCGCAACGUCAAGCUGGUCGAGACCGGGCUGGACUUUGGUCAGCCUGGCUUCAAGAGCUUCCGCGAGCGCCGCUUCCAUCCGACCGUCAGCCUCUCGCGCCGCUUCUACCCACACGUGCACAACAUGGACGGUUUCUUUGUGGCCAAGUUCAAGAAGAUUAGCAACGCCAUUCCCCGUGCGCAGGGCGAGGACGGCGAAGACGGCCAAGCAGGCAGUGACGACGAUGACGAGGAGGACGGGAGCAAGGCCGACCGCAAAAAGCACAAAAAGCAUGGCAGCGGCAAGCAGUCGGCAGACUCGAGCAGUGACAAGCACGGUCGGUCAAGUGUUGCCGCGCAAGCCAGCGGCGAACAGAUGGUGGUGGAUGCGCAAGCAAGCGCCAAGCCACUGCGCAGCAAGAACAAGGACGCCCCGAAACAAAAGCAGCAGCAGGAGGAGGAGGAGGAGAGCAAUCAAGCAGCCCAGGCCUCCGUCAAGCCCUCGACAAAGGCAAAGGAGGCGAAAUCUCAGUCUGCCGACGAACCCGCCAAGCCUGUGCGAGGUGCGAAGCGUUCGGCAGAAGCAGAUGCCCCGGUCGCUGCGCCAGCAGCAGCGGAACCAGCGUCUAGCAAAAAAGAAGGCGCGCGUCGAGCCAGAAGAGACCCCCGCUGUCAAGCCGGCAUCAUCUGCUGCUGCUGCUGCUGUCAGAGCGGCAAGUCUUCAAAGCGACCAAGUCUGCCAAGGCAUAGCUCGAGUGGUGUUGAUGGAGAGAGAGAAAAGGAGCGCUCACAAGUUCAUAUUCUUAAAAAUACAAUGGUUUUACAUUCAUUCGUGUGCGUGAGCCAUGUUGUGUGUGGGGGGGGUGUGCGUGAGCCAUGCGACUGUGCGCGCGGGAGCUAAGAAUGCACGCACAGUUUGUUUCGUCGUUGUUUCGUUUAAGUCAUCAUAGAGCGAGAGAGAGAGAAAAGAGCCGACCUGGGCCAGCUACAAAAAUUGCGACAGGAAGCAAGCUUCACAUGUCGCGGGCUUGGAUGUUUAGUUUGCAAUCAGCAAAAAGCCACGCAUCGGGAAUUCCCUCACGCACGAUGGCACCACCCUUGCACAAAG